ACUGCUUCACUAUGGAGCUAGAGCUGGAAAUGUCUACCUCCAGACUAUACCCAGACUUCAUUGUUUCCAAUGCCACACAGAAUUUCUCAUAUUUCCCCUCAUCAAACUCCAGCUUCAGUGUUCCGGGCCAAACAGUCUCCAGGAAUCAUGGCUCCAUUGUAAUGGCAGUGGCUAUUACUGCUCUAUACUCAGUGGUGUGUGUUGUGGGGCUGCUCGGCAACAUCCUGGUCAUGUAUGGGAUUGUAAGAUAUACCAAGAUGAAGACUGCCACCAACAUCUACAUUUUCAACCUUGCCCUAGCAGAUGCUCUAGCCACUAGUACCCUACCAUUCCAGAGUGCCAAAUAUCUCAUGGAGACCUGGCCUUUCGGAGAAAUCCUCUGCAAAGUGGUUCUGUCCAUAGAUUACUACAACAUGUUCACCAGCAUUUUCACUUUGACCAUGAUGAGUGUGGACCGGUAUAUAGCUGUGUGCCACCCUGUAAGAGCACUGGACUUCCGUACCCCUUCCAAAGCGAAAGUGAUAAAUGUCUGCAUUUGGAUCUUGUCAUCAGUCAUUGGGGUCCCGAUUAUGGUUAUGGCUGUUACUAAAAAUAAUAAGGCAGGCACAGUCACCUGUACGCUUCAAUUUCCUCGUCCUGACUGGUAUUGGGACACUGUUACCAAAAUAUGUGUCUUUAUCUUUGCCUUUGUGGUGCCAGUCUUGGUAAUUACAGUGUGCUAUGGAUUAAUGAUAUUGCGUCUGCGCAGUGUACGUCUCCUCUCUGGCUCUAGGGAGAAGGAUCGCAACCUGCGUCGCAUCACCCGCAUGGUGUUGGUGGUGGUAGCUGCAUUCAUCAUCUGCUGGACUCCAAUACACAUCUUUGUCAUUGUGUGGACCAUGGUGGACAUUGACAAGAGAAACCCCUAUGUUGUGGCAAGCUGGCAUUUCUGCAUUGCCUUGGGCUACACCAACAGCAGCCUAAACCCUGUCCUGUAUGCCUUUCUGGAUGAAAACUUCAAAAGGUGUUUUCGUGAGUUCUGCCUUCCUUUUCGCACACACUCUGAGCAAAACAGCUUCAGCAGAGCCCGUAACACCACUCGAGACCAUGUUUCUACUUGUGCUCAAUCUCAUGCCCCAGACAAGCCGGUAUGACUAGACAUGAAGGGCCGAAGGCGACGAUCUGGAGGCCAAAUGUGUGAAGACUUGAACUCUGAAGUCACUCAAGUUACCAGUACCACCGAAUUUUAGCAGGAAUUCUGUUUAGCUGUUUUUAUAUUGAGGAUCUCAAAAGUGACAUUAGUAAUGACAUCUCAACUUCCAAUCUGACACAUAUGCUAUACUAUUCCUGAGAAGAGAGUUCCUGGCUCAAAAUUAAAAUAUAUACAAGAUGACAAGACAUCUUUCAUCCGAUACCAUUGGAUGUUAAGUGUAUUAAAACAUUACUUAGAUCUUCUCAUCUUGAAGAAAAUAACGAGCCCUUAACAUGUAUCAUCCACAAGGACAUUGAUUCUUUGAUCCCAUGGAACCUUUCAUUCUAACCUAGGGUCUGAGACAUAGUUGUUUUAGGUGUUCAAGUGAACAACCCCAUUCUAUUUAUUGAUCCAACUCACACUUUACUGAGAUACUUGAUCAACUGGAGAACCUAACCUUUCUUCAUCACUGCAGUUUUCAAGAAUGUAAAAUACAAUUAUUUUUUACUAUUUGAAAAACUAUAAUCAUAGAAGUUUCUUCUCUGGAUUUCAUCUAAGGAAUAAUUCAGUGUAAACUUUUAUCCAGGUUAUGGCACAUUUUACUGCUUAAUGGAGUAAGCUAAAAACAUUUGCUGCAAUCAUAGCUAAAGAUCACAUACCGAUAUUGUCAAGAUCCCAACUCAGAUACAUACUUUACAACCAAACCUUCCUCUAAAAUGAAAAUGUGUUCUGUCCUGAUUCACUUGGGCAAGUUUUCUUUAUUUCGAUAAAGGCAGAAGCAAUAAGUGACUUGAACAAACAGCAGAAGUCAUGUGGGAAAGUGAAGGUCUUUUCACAA